AAGCUUUGUUUCACAUUUGCAAAGCCCUGAUCCCAGCGGGGUCUAUAAAGAGGUCCGGCACGGCCUGACAUUUGGCCUGGACUGAAUCUAACGCAGUUACAAUGGGCAAGGUUAUUUUCUACGAAGACAAAAACUUUCAGGGCCGUCACUAUGAGUGCAGCAGUGACUGUCCUGAGAUGCAGAAGCACUUCACCCGCUGCAACUCCAUAAAGGUGGACAGCGGUUGCUGGGUGGCCUACGAGAAGCCCAACUACGGGGGCUACCAGUACAUGCUGCAAAAGGGCGAGUACCCCGACCACCAACGCUGGGCAGGCUUCAACGACUGCAUCCGCUCCUGCCGCAUGGUGCCACCCUACAACGGCAACUACCGGAUGAAGAUCUUCGAGCGGUCCGACUUUGCGGGUCAGAACCUGGAGCUGAUGGACGACUGCCCGGAUCUGAACGAGCGUUUCCACACCCGCGACAUCUCCUCCGCCAACGUGAUGGAGGGCUACUGGAUCCUGCACGAACAACCCAACUACAGGGGACGCCAGUACUUCUUGCGCCCGGGAGAGUACAGGAGGCACAUCGAGUGGGGAAGCAACAGCCCCACCAUGGGCUCUCUGAAACGUGUCACCGAGCUCAACUGAGGCCCAGUUUCUUCUUUUAUUUGAUUUCAUUUUACCCUUCCGGAGCCUCCAAGUGUUAAAGCCCCUUUUUUUCUCCCUGAUGGAAGCGCUGUUUCAGUGUGGUCCAAACACUUGUGGUGUCCUGAGCCCGAGUCACACAUUUGAAUGAUGGAGGGCUUCGGGUGUGUCAGAUGUUUGGGUUACUUUGCUUUGCAUCGUUGGCUGCAGUUCCUCAAGCAAACUCUCAAGUGUUUAAGCGGCGCCCGAUAAAUAGUGAUGAUCCUUUUUUUCGCUUUGGUCGUCCCAGAGUGAAAACGGUUCCCAAUCUCCUGUCCUGCUGGAAUCCCAAUAAAAGAAAACUUGAUAAAAGUCAA